AUGGAGUCCAGUCGACCAUUCGACCGAGAACGGGAUGGUUUUGUCAUUGGAGAAGGAGCCGGAGUUGUGGUUCUCGAGGAACUCGAGCACGCAAGGAAGCGAGGUGCGAACAUCUAUGCUGAAGUCGCCGGCUACGGACUGUCCAGCGACGCACACCACAUGACGGCACCUCGCGAAGAUGGCCAAGGUCCACGUCUCGCAAUGAAGCAUGCACUACGACAUGCCGGCCUCAAGCCAAGCGCUGUCGACUACGUGAACGCCCAUGCGACGAGCACCCCACUAGGUGAUGCUGCGGAGAACCGAGCCAUCAAAGAGCUUCUGCUUGGCGAAGACGGAAAGGAUAGAGCUUGUGAAAUCAAUGUGAGCAGUACAAAAGGUGCGGUCGGACAUCUUCUGGGUGCUGCAGGGAGCGUGGAGACAAUUUUCACGAUUCUUGGGAUGCAUCACAACAUCCUACCUCCGACUCUCAAUCUUGAGAAUCCAGGAGAUCCGGCGGUUGACUUUAACUGCAACUACGUCGCCAAUGCUGCUCAACAGCACAGAGUCAAUGUGGCUCUCUCGAAUAGCUUCGGUUUUGGUGGCACCAACGCAUGUCUAUGCUUCCGCAAAAUUUGA